UUGAUACACAAAAUGUUGCUAUCCUUCAAUGAUAGGUACAACUAUCCCCUCUUACUAUUUAUGUUACUACUGCCGUUACUGUACUGCUACUAUUACUACUACUACUACUACCAACUACUACUACCAACUACUACUACCACUGCUACUACUACUACAACCACUAUUACCAUUACUGCUACUACUACUGCUACUACUACUCCUACUACUACUACUGCUAUUACUACUGCUACUACUACUACCACUAUUACCAUUACUACUACUACUACUGCUACUACUACUACAACAACUACUGCUGCUAUUGUACUAGUACCAUUAUUAUAUUAUUAUAAUGAUAAUACUGUGACAUUUCUUGCGAACAAAAAAAAAGAAAGGAAAAAGAAAAAGAAAUAG